GUCAACCAACGUGCCAGCGGCUCUUAUGAGUGGUAAACAUUGUAUGCUAAUUAGGGAAAUGGUCCGUCCUGUUCCGUCGCUCUGCAUAAUAUAAGAGACAGUUUGAACUGUUCUCAAGUGCUGCAUGUAUCCCUGAUAGGCUGCCUGAUGACUAUAAACCUAUCCUGUAGGGUCGCCUGGUGCGGAGAGCGAGAUAAGCGAUGUGAUGUCAGAGUGUCUGGACACUGGCUCAUAUACAAGGUACUGAUUAAAGAUGUAUGCGACAACCAUCCUCCUGCAGCUGGCUGUGGUGUUAUCUACACAUGCCCAGACAUUACCGGAAGUCGACCUUGAUCCGUAUUCUCUCAACACCACUGAGUACCUUGUUCAGUACUGCAAUGUCUACUGUGAUGGAACCGAGAAGAAGCAGUUCAGUCGCCUAAAUUUCCAAAUGAAUCCCUGGUGCUUGGAGUGCAGAUGUGAUGCCCAGUGUCAAAUAUACGGAGACUGUUGUCCAGAUGAAAAUGGCACAAUUAGUCGUGAUCCGAACCCUCCAACAUGCCUCUUUAGUGAGAAUGACCUUGACAUUCAAUCAAAAUUGGGGUUUGGGGUUUUCAUGGUUACAGAGUGUCCGGAUCGAGCGGUUACUGACAACGUCUUCUCACCUGUAUACUCUGUGUCGAGAAAUAUGUCGUUCUUUAACAAGGAAGUUGCCGAAUGUAAUGAUGUUACAGACUAUCAUUCAUGGAUUAUGGAACUGGACUGUACUUCCGGUUACGGGAGCGGUGGCAGCGAAGCGGACGACAUUGGGCUAUCAGAUGGUUUCUAUGACAAUGAAGAAGACUGCAGCCAAGUAUAUAGCGCUACCACAAGCAAUAAUCCAAGAAUAUGUGAUCCAAUGUUGGCGGCGCAAACGCAAGUCAUGGUUUGUAACGUAUCUGGACUAUGGGAAAACUAUGUAGAGGAGGUAGAAACUGCCUGCCUGGCCCAUAAUUACCCAGUUUCCUACAAGAAUGACGUAUACCGAAAUGUAUUCUGUGCUGUGUGUAAUGGAAUUAAACCUGGUCGCACUGUCAAGUAUGAUCUGACAGGUCUCCGUCUCCCGCCACCAAUAACUGUUAUCACACAGUUUCUCAGGCCACAUGAAGAUACAGAUAAACAACCUGAAUUCAAAUCUACAGAAUGUGGGGACGACGAAUGGCUGCAUUUCAUGAAGGACAAGUGUAUUCCCGUGUACUGUUCGCCAGGCAAGAGCCUUGUUGACGGAAACUGUAUUUGGGCAGAGGAUAUCGCCAUGAACGACGAAUACGAAUUCAACGUCAUCUUGAAGCCUCAAAACGAAAUCGCCAUUGAAGCCAUAGCUCACUGGAAUACCGUGCAGCAGAUGUUCUUGAAAAACUUCAAACAAUUCAUGUUCAAAUUUCGAACGUCGAGUUACGUUUUUUCGGUGGGAUUGUUGGAAGAUAUGACCAGUUUGCAAGAAAACCAGGAUGAACUAGGUUUCCCGAGAGCAGUCAUUAUCAAAUGUAAUUUUAUUGUCACUCAACAAAUGAACAGAACGGAGCUGGAAACAAAACUCUACAACUUUGUGACAGAAAUGUGGAUAGUACCAUUUGACGACAAUGAUCAUGUAUUCACUCCAAGCUUUAACAAUAUACCUCUUUCAAGAGUGAAACUAAAAGCCAGGUAUUGGGCUGAUCCCGUGUCAGGCCAUUGCUGUGUUCCUGUGGCGGACACAUUCAACCUGAAGCAGGCCAGUGGUAUUAUUUCCUCACGUGUUAUACAAGUAACUAAUGAACUGUUUUGUCCUCACGUAAAGCUGCGAAAGAGUGAAUAUGAAGCUGAUGCUAGUGGCUGGAUUACUCUUGAUAGCGCUAACAUCUCCAUCUCUUCAAGUGACUUUUCAAUCGAUGACAAAAAGAGGGCCAGGGUAUGUGUUGAGGUACUAAAUGACAUUUAUAACGGUUCGUACAAAAACAGAAGUAAUAUACCUCUCAUUCCCACGUCUGUUUUUGUAAAACAAAUUUUGUCUCUCGUCUGCGUUUCCGUAUCCUUAAUUUGCUUGGCCUUGACCUUCAUAACUUACUGUGUAUUCCCACCCCUCAGAUCGUUGCCCGCAAAAAAUAACAUGUUCCUCAUCGUGUGCCUCUUUCUAGCCCAGUUACUCUUCCAGUUCGGCAUAGAUAGGACUGAGAACAACAUUGUGUGUACAAUUAUUGGUGUGCUCAUUCAUUUCCUGUGGCUUUGUGUUAUAUUCUGGAUGAACGUUUGUUCAUUCCACAUGCUACGUGUGUUCGCUGUGCAGAACAUCAUCCCCCAAAGUAGAACAAGACAUGUCAAGGCAUUGCUCAAAUACUCUGUGUAUGCUUUCGGCAGUGCUGCUUUGGUGGUAGCAAUCACAAUAACGGUCAGUUCCGUUUUAUCAGGUGGAAGCGACGUGGGUUAUGGGGGUAUCGUAUGUUACCUCACGUCCAACAAACUCGUUGGAUUUUCCUUUGUAUUGCCACUCAGUGUCAUUGUGAUGAUGAACCUCACAUUCUUCAUUGUAACAAUUCGUGCAAUAUCUAAAAUAGAUAAUAUCAAGAAACAUGGAAUGAAGGAGCGCCAUAAUGUGUAUGUUUAUAUCAAACUGUCCUCCCUCACUGGGAUGUUCUGGAUUGUGGCCAUCCUAGCUGAAGUGUUUCAGCAGGACGUUCUCAUAUACAUCUCCAUAAUCCUGAACGGCUCUCUGGGAGUUCUUCUGUUUAUAUGUUACAUUGCCAACAAAAGGGUCUACGAUCUUUGGAAGGGACUCUGUGACAAACUGAGACCAAAGCGUCCGUUGGAUGACAGUCGGAAUGCUACUGUGAGCACUAGCAUUUGAGAAAGACAUAGUGUGGUAGUCCUGAAAGAACAUGUCGUCCACGAAGUCAUUCUUAGCUUUAUUUGGACGAUGACUUAUGAGCAGUACACCUUAAUAUCGAUAAAGCUAUUGAAAUCUGUGAUAUUAAGUGGUACGACUUUUACUUCGCAGACUUAUAUCAAAACAGACACAUGUAUUAAACAAGUAUUGCAUGUGUAUGGGACUGUGUGUGGAGGACGUUUCUCUGCAACCCUGUGAACUCAAUUACCACCGGACAUUGCAUCCCAGGAUUAAUAGUUUCAGGUGUUAAAAACCAGUGUUUAAUGUACGACUACAUUCGAUACUUGGAAAUGUUGCGACACUGCUGCUUCUGAGGAAUUUCUGUCACAUGGGAACUGAUGUGUUCCCCUUGCUGAUGUUAGUACAAUGCUUUAGUACAUCCUUCUUAUAAUAAACACAU